GUUCUUUUUAAUUAUGUUAGGUAAUUAUUCAUGAUUCUGAAUAUCGUAUUUCGCUCCAUGUACACUGACUUCACAGUCUUCACCCAUUUUGAACUAGCCAUAGGUUUUGCAGCUUGCUCAAAUCGCGGAAGGUGAUCUACAUGAAACAGUUACAUUUGAAACAGGACGAUGUCGAGUGAGUUUUUCCCGCUUGCUGAAGUAAACGAUGCGUCACACGACCUUCCAGCCCCAGAGGAACCACCACUAGACGAUCGAUUGCUAGCGCAUUGGGCGCUAGACGGCCUUGAAGAUGACGUCACAAUUAGCGACGACAGUGAUAUAACGUUUAUAAGGGCUCAGGAUGGUCGCCAAGCGUUGAUGUAUUCUGGAACGCGGGACGCCUCGUCGAGCGAAUCAGCAUUCUCUGCUAGGAUUCCCGCGUUUAAUGUAGAUAGCACCAGUUUCACGGUUUGCCUAUGGUUUUGGCUGAGUGACAACUGUGACGUUCUCUUAUUGGCUGAUGCUGCGACCCCACGGCAGUUCUCGAUCAAAUGCCUCCAGGAGAGUCUCCACUUUGUACUCAAAGGAGAGACUGGGAACGACGUGCUGAGCAUCAAGGGAAGCAAAAUCCCAACGGGAAAGUGGUGCCACAUUGCGUUUGUUUGGGAUUGUGAUUUGAAGCAAGGUGAGCUCUUUGUUGAUGGGCACUCUGUUGCUAUGGGAACGUCGCAGUACCCGGAGAGUUGUCUGGCUCAAGUAUGUGCACAGCGAUUUGUCCUGGCUUACUUGCAGGAGUUGCAUGAAAUAUUGUAUAAUGGUACCCUGAAUAUCAGGUUUGGAAUGAGAGAGUUGCUGGUGUUUGGAUGUGCGCUAACAAGAGAACAAAUAUCAGGAGCUAUGUUAGCAAGAAAAGUGAACCUUCCAAGAUAUCUCCCGGAAUCAAAAUUUCAGCUUGUAAAUGAGGCGGACCUAGUUGAAAGAUUCAGUGAUCUGCACGAAUAUGCUGAGAUAUCAUUGGACUUCAACCUCGGCUUAAACCACUUUACAGUAGUCUUUGAGUGCAUUCAGCCUAGAAGACUAUUACGCCCGGUGAACCUGCUGUCACAGAGCUCCGCUGACCAUGAUUUGAGGGUGACCUGGGAAACCAAUGGCUUGAUUAGCGUUCGACUGCACGUGACCAAGAAUGAUUUUCAAGUGACCUACACCUCGAAAACGCCUAUUGCGGAUGAAACGACGCCGGUAGGUUUCACUUGGGACUCACACACUCGCAAGGGUGUAUUUUACAUCAAUGGCGAAGAUGAGUCGGCGAUACCCUGCACAGACAAGUGGGCCGACUCCCUAGACGACAGAUGCCGUGAACUGUACGAGGAGCGGCAAGCCCGUGUCCAGCUGGUUGAAAGAUACAUCGAGAAACAUAUGUUUAGUGCUGACGACAUUUGUGUAACUGAGCUGCGAAUCGCCAAAGGAGUUUUACCUCCUAUCUUCUUUGAAAGAGAAUAUUUGCAAAGAAAGAUUAAUGAUGCAUACAGCCCGGAAGAAGCAGAAAAGAACAUUACUCCUUACAGCCUUUGUUCAUACGAGAAUCCCAUGAUAAUGGCAUUCAGGCUACAAUCCGUGUUGCGCAAAAGAGGCCGGGACGACCUUACAUGGGCACAGCAGCGUUUUGAUGACUUGGCGGAUUCCGUGGAGCAGUUUGCAGUGGAUUUUAUCGGGCAGACUGAAGGAGAGGGUUCAAUGGAGUUCGUGGACGAAACCAUCCAACAAGCACUACUCUAUGAACAGAAAAAGUUUCUAGCCCAGCCCAAUAUCCAUCGCCUGGUUGAGAGACAAUGGAGUGGAGCUUUGUUUGGCGAUGCGAAAAAAUUUAAUUUGCUUAUGUUUCUGUUAAUUGUCCUGGAGUCGCUUUUCUAUCCAUUCUUAUUACCACUUUACUGCUGUACUUGUUCAGAUUCUUACUUUACGUUCAUGCUCAAUCCAGUGGUACGUUUUACGAAGGACUUACUGAGUCAACUCGCUUUCAUCGGGCUUCACAUGGCGGUCUGCCUGUCCCCUUCUAGUGUCCAGCCCAUCCCGGUCGAGUACGUCAUUCUUGUUUUUUUUCUCGGUCGCAUAUUGGCUGAGGUACAACAGUACCAGCGGUCACGAUCUAAAAUAUACUUCCGCGACAUGUGGAACUACCUGGAUAUGGCAAUCAUCUUAUGCUACAUAACCAUAGUGAUUGUCCGGAUUGUGACCAUGGCCAAGUCCGGUCCAGUACAGGGUAAUAAUCUGCUGGCUGGUGUCAUGUAUCUGUACGGCAUCAACACGCUGUUCUUGAUCUUACGAUUGUCCAGCGUACUGGAGCUCAACCGAACGACAGGUCCCCUCCAAUUGGCACUGAUGCGGAUGCUCGUCGAUUUGUGGGUCAUUAUCGUCCAGUUUGUUGUUGUUAUUCUCGCAUUUUCUUUCGCCAUCACUAAGAUCUACUUUGCACAGCGGGAUCUGGCUUUAGGUCAUGCGCAAGCUAAUGUGACUUACUCCGGCUUCUGUCCCUUUGAUGGAGGAAACUGCUUAGAAAAGACGGCAGAAAGCCUUGUUUGGUCACUGUUCGGUCUGACAGACCUUGACUCGAUAGCAACGAAUGAUAAGUCAGCCAGCAGCCUAGUGUACUAUCUAUACGCGAUCUUUCUUGUCAUCUGCGUCAUCAUGUUGCUCAACACACUGGUCGCCUUGCUCAAUAGUACGUACGAGGACAUCAAGUCGAACUCAGACACCGAGUGGAAGUUCGUUCGUGCUUUGUACACCGACCAGUAUAACCGUUGUCACCCAUUCCCGCCACCCAUCAACCUCGUUACGGUGCCCCUCGCGUGGUUACUUGAGAAACUCAGAAAUGCUGAUUGUGUCAAGAGGAUGGCUGAAGACUCCAAAUAUGGGAUUAUUCGCCAUUAUGCCAAAAAUAUACUCAACGCCGGUCAACCGCCUGAUCACGUUCACGGUGAAGUGUUCUUGAGGUUCGUUGGAAUAUCUUCCUACACUAGGUGGUCACUCAGCCUGUGUUAUUGGGAAAACACCAAGAAACGUUACUUGGAAAAGUUCGGAGAACAUUUUCCCGGCCAAGACGAUGCCAACAUCGCCAAAGUGUACGAAGAGCUGGUAAACACUAGAGACAGAGUAACACGCUUACUCGCCACGAGCCUUUCAGAACCGACCAGUCCACCUGAGACAUGGCGUACAAGCAGAGGGAUGCUGGUGAGAAACUCACUGCUCAUGCGCACUGCAAACGAAGGCCAUAUGGACGCACAUGUUAAUGGAUGUCCAAGCUACGGCCAGGGGAUCCCUGCUGAAAAUGCUAUUGCACAUAACAUGACCCCCCUGACCGAGAAAAAUCCAAGUUUUGAGGUAUACAUAAAACACGUAGACGAUGUCAUCGAGAUGUUUGUGGGCGUCGUUCCCGAGGGUUACCCGCUGUGCGAGCCACCUGGGCUGAUCGCGGGCUCUGUUGCCUAUCUCGCUAAGGAUUCUGGGAUCGUUAUGACCGGGGCUUCGUUUGAUAAGGUGGAUGGAGUGGAGCAGAAAUGCAAAAGAGUUCAAUUUCAGUGCGAUGACAUCAUCCGAUGUACAUUGGAUUUCGGAAGUCAAUCAAACUACAGUGUACCAAUCAGCUUUGAAGUCAACCGUAAGCGCUUGUGGAGUGGUGUCGUGCACUUUCAACACAGGGUUCCCGUGUCGCUGUAUCCUUGUAUUGCCAUAGGAAGUCCCGGAUUAACUGUUGUUUAUCAAGGCAGCCAGUGCUUGGGAAGCUACAAUCAAACACCGCCAACAAAAGACAAUGAGUCCGCCAACGUAGCCUUCGAGCCUUCUGGCGAUGCCACAGGUAUCCCGGCGUUGAGGCAGCAAAUAGAUGUUAGGCAUGGGGAGCUGCAGAGCCGCUUGGAUAGACUUGAGCGUAGCAUGGAGGCACUGUUGGGUCACGUGACUCAAAUAGCAAAAGGGAGAAGGGAGGAGGCUGAGCCUGCUGAUAAAUAAUGCUUGAUCAGCGGUGUAAUGCUCGACCAUUCACAGAUAAUUUUUUGUCGGCCACACCUUUGUUCUUCUUAUCUUAAAAAUGGAAGACAAUUAAUUGGAAUAUUCGAAAAAAUCAUCUAAAACAAAGUCAUAGAUUAGAUGCUUUCUCAUUCUCGUUCCUGAUUUCCUCUGUCAUUAUGACUCGCUCUAUAAGAGAUAGAGAUAAGAUGUUCCUCUUUUCCCAAUAGGGGACUUGCGCUAAGGUAUCACGUGAGUUUGGGUGUCAAACUAGCGCCCGCUCAGCCUUUUAGCGGCAAAAUAACAGCAAAAAUCAGUAACUUAUUAACCGUUAAGAAAAUAAACCAGAAUUCUUUUUUCCAGAAUGGGUUUAAUUUCAUUAAAGAUUUUAUUUCUUCGUCGUUCCCUGGUGUGACGGGAGCAGUAAUUUCUUUGUUUUUGUUAGAUAAUUUUGUUUUUAAUUUGCCACCCAAAAGGUCACGUGAUAUCUUAGCGCAAGUACCCUAUUAAUCUUUUCCUAAAAUGAAAAGUUGGUGGUGUCCCCUUGUGUGUUGGACACGACUGAGUGCAAUCCAAACAUUUGAAAGGUCAAUCAACAUAUUUCUGAAAGCACUUGAUAGACAGAGGUCCAAACGAUUAGCUAGCUGGCUAAAAACUGUAGUCAUUUCAACAAAUCUACGAAGUUAGAUAGUAAAUAGUUAAUAUGGUGUCUCUGUUUUUUCACCUGGUAAAUUUGGAUUAAUCAUUUAUGCACUUAUAUACAUAAUUAUAAAGUA